GGCGGGUGCGGGAGGCGGCGGCUCUGGCCGGGAGCGGGGCUCGAACCCGCGGAGCUCGGAUGCGCGCGGCGGCCACGGAGGCGCCACGGCCGCCCGCGGGCCAUGGAGCUGCCCACGGAGCUGCCCACAGCGCUGCCCACUGCUGCCGGUACCACCUGGGACAACGGCACCUCCUGGGCCGCCCUGCCCGGCCACGGGGCCAACGACACGGGGCCACAGCGGGCCAAGAACGUCACCUCCAUCCUCAUCGCCAUCGUCAUCACCGCGCUUUACUCCAUAGUGUGUGUGGUGGGGCUGCUGGGCAACGUCCUGGUCAUGUACGGCAUCGUCAGGUACACCAAGAUGAAGACAGCCACCAACAUAUACAUCUUCAACCUGGCCCUGGCAGACGCACUGGCCACCAGCACGCUGCCCUUCCAGAGUGCCAAGUACCUGAUGGAGACCUGGCCCUUUGGGGAGCUGCUCUGCAAAGUCGUGCUCUCCAUUGACUACUACAACAUGUUCACCAGUAUCUUCACCCUCACCAUGAUGAGUGUGGACCGCUACGUCGCCGUGUGCCACCCGGUUAAGGCCCUGGACUUCCGCACACCAGCCAAGGCCAAGAUCAUCAAUGUCUGCAUUUGGGUGCUCUCCUCUCUCAUUGGGGUGCCCAUCAUGGCCAUGGCAGUCACCAAGUCAAAAGAUGGGAUGGUGCUAUGCACGCUCCAGUUUCCCGAUCCUCCGAUCUACUGGGACACCGUGACCAAGAUCUGCGUCUUCAUCUUCGCCUUCAUGGUCCCCAUCUUGGUCAUCACUAUCUGCUACGGGCUGAUGAUCCUUCGCCUGAAGAGUGUCCGCCUCCUCUCGGGCUCCAAGGAGAAAGACCGCAACCUGCGGCGCAUCACACGCAUGGUGCUGGUGGUGGUGGCAGCCUUCAUCAUCUGCUGGACGCCCAUCCACAUCUUCGUCAUCGUCUGGACGCUGGUGGACAUCGACAAGAAGAACCCCUAUGUGGUGGCCAGCCUGCAUUUCUGCAUCGCCCUGGGUUAUACCAACAGCAGCCUCAACCCCGUCCUUUACGCUUUCCUGGAUGAAAAUUUCAAGAGGUGUUUCCGAGAGUUUUGCCUGCCUUUCCGAGCCCGUGCGGACCAGAACAGCUUCUCCCGUGCCAGAAAUACCACGCGGGAGCGUGUCUCCACCUGCACCCCUUCUGAAGCCCGCAACAAGCCGGCAUGACUAGACGUGGGCAGCCUCCAGCGGGGCUGCCAGGACCAUGGAGGAGACGACCUGCGCUCGGAAGUGACCCAGGUCACCACCACGGAGCUCUAGCAGAGCGGUGGCCUGGGUGCUGCUCAAUAACACCGCUGGGUUUUGUUCAGACUGAAAGCAAGUGACUGCAAAGACUUUUUUAAUCCUGGAGAAGCCAGGACAGGGGAAUCAGGACUCACCAAGCAACAUUAGGAGAUGACCAAAACAAGAGGCAACCUGAGCAGAGCUGCUCUGCUGCUGCUCCCACCGUGGUCGGGGACAGCCAGCAGCCCCAUACACCCAACAAGGGCUGUCACUCUCCAACACGUGGCUGUUGGCAAAGCUGAGGCAUCCUGGGACACCACGAUGGCAAUGACCAGCUCUUCUCCUCCUGCAUGGACCAACAUGGCACCACAGCCCAUGGCAAGAAGGGGCUGUGCUGGGGGUGAUGCCACAUCAUGGGGCCCCACUCCAUCCCCCUCUGAGCUGCGUCCAAAAAACAGCCAGAGCUGGAAAGAGAAGAUGAUGCCGCUUCAGAGACAGCGUUAUCAAAGAGCUCCAGAUCCGUAGUAAAAAUUUUACUGGAGUCCUUCAAACUGGGACUGCCCUGCAGGAUGACUUUCUACUGGUAAUGUCAUGACUGUAUUAUUUAGAGACCUCUGACUGCAGCCAGGGCAGCCCUAGACACGGACGUGAUGUUUGGGAAUAUGGAUACGGCCAGGGGACGGGGGGCGGGGACAGAGCAGGGCACAUCCCAACCUCACCCAGUCUCCACGUGCCGAUGCCAAAUUCCCCUGGCCCAGCAUCCCUCAGGGUGACAGGGAACCACUCCUCACCCAUCUGCCUCCAAAGACAUUAAAGCCCAGAAAGAUCUCAUUAAGGGAGCAAUUUGUGGGGACUGGAGGAGUUUCUCACAGAGCUAAAGCAAUUAGGAUGGACUAACGGGCGGCGCUGCCAGGGCUCGACCUCCCCUGCCCGUUGGGUGAGGGAGGAUGAGCAACAGCGCUGCCCAGAUUUCCUUUAGCUAAGCCAAGAAGGAUAGGAUUUAUUUUUAUUUUUUUUUAAUAGCAGAUGGGAAAAACAUCACCAUCAUUUUAUAAUUGCCCAAGCAGGGACAGGGGUCAUGCAAGCACUGAGAAAGGACCCACAGCCUGCAAAAAAGCAGAGAUUUUGGGAUUUCAUGCUCAGCACUCACCCAGACGGAGCAGACAUCCCUCCGAAGAGGCGACUGAGCUCUAAGGCAGCGCAUCCUGCAGGAGCCACCAGCCAGCGACCUCUGGACCACAUUAUCUGCCACUAAACGAUGACCGAUGGGUCCUCCCAGCCUUCUGCUCCCCGAAUCACCCCCGCCAGCCCCGCGCUGGCUACCAGCGAGGUCCAGCAGCCGUGAUUUUUUCCUUCCUCUCACCUUCCCACCGCCAUGGCUGCGGCUGGGAGGUCAAAUGGGCCAGGGAGGAGAAGGCUUGAGGAGAGCGGUAAUAGCAUUUAGUGCACAAAUUGAUGCAGCUGGAGGAAGCAGGCGAGCACCCGAGUGCACCUGGGGCUCGUAGGCUGGAUGGAGAGUCUGGGUUGCGUCUCUGGUUUUUCCAGUUGCAUCAAUUUAGCCUAAUAAAGGUCAUUACCUCUCCU